UUUAUUAUAAGAUAUUUAGCAUUUAUCAGUAUAAAUUGAUAUUACAAUCAAAGUGUUAUGUUCGUUAUCGCUAUUUAUUUGAAUUAUAAGACGAUUCACUAUUAAUAUCAUACAAUAAUUUAGUGUUUAACCUAGUUAAGAAUUAAGUGAAGGGUUUUACAUGGUGUAACUUCGACGGAUGCUGGCUUUAAGAAAUUCGCCCUCAUUUCGCGAUCUGUCGUAACACGGCGUUUGCUGAGACGUUUAAAAAACCGGUGGUGUCUCAAUAAAUAAAGAAAUAACAAUGGAGCUGCUAUACGACGCAGAUGGUACUCCGUUUGUCAUGUGGGGCGAGAAUCAAAUACAGUUAGAGAGAAUGCCUAUCACAGAAAAGGAAUAUUUAGAAAAGGCUGAGAAAGAAUUAAGAGAGACGCCGGAGAUCGUUGAAAAGGCUGUUGAAGAAUUAAGAGAAAUGCUAAGAAAGGACACUUCACUCUUCGUACCGCUACAAGAUGAUAGCUAUUUGAUGAAAUUCCUCAGACCAUCCAAGUUUUAUCCAGAAAGUGCUUUUAAAAGAAUACAAGCGUACUACAAAUUUAGGCAGUCUCAUGAGAGCUACUGUACUAACCUGGUGCCUACUGCAGUGAAGCCUGCUUUCGACCACUCUAUCAUAUCAAUCCUAGCACCUAGAGAUCAGCAUGGACGACGCAUUAUGCUUGUGGAGUCCGGAGAGCGCUGGCAACAUCGCCUAGUUCCACUAUCGGAGGUGUUCCGAGGCGUUCAACUGGCGCUGGAGUCGGCCAUGUCGGAGCCACGGACGCAGAUCAAUGGCGUUAUCGUGAUACUGGACAUGAAGGGACUCUCUUUCUCACAGGUCAUGCAGUUCACGCCCUCCUUCGCCAAAAUGGUAGUUGACUGGAUUCAGGACUGUAUACCGAUUCGUCUUAAGGCAGUUCACAUCGUGAGUCAGCCGUACAUCUUCAACAUGUUGUUUGCGAUUUUCAAGCCAUUCUUGCGCGAGAAGUUGCGGUCGCGCAUUUUUUUCCACGGCUCUGAUAAGCAGUCGCUACUGUCGCACGUCGAUCCCAAAGCCCUAAGGAAACGUCACGGCGGAUUAUUGCCCGAGCCCGAGAUCAGUGGGGAGGUUCUAUGGAAGAUGUUGCAUCACUACGAAGAGAAUUUCAAAGUUGCAAAUUCCUACGGUUACGUGUCAAACAACAAUAAACGAUAAGUCUGGAGGAAGCCAGGAUAAAAGCUUCUUUACCACAUGAAGUUAAAAGGCCCUUAGUUUAUAA